AUGUCGCAGCAGGAGGCUGCGGACCCGCCUUCGGCGACAGACGAGCGGCCGGGGGGUCUCCCGCGGAGCGGCUCCGCCAGCCGCCUCAACGCGCAGGCGCCGGAGUUCGUGCCGCGCGCUGCCGCGGUGCCCCCGCCCCCUCCGCCGCAGACGGUGGUGCGUCUGUUCGCGCCGCCGCCUCCUUCCGCGGCGUUCUUCGUCGCAGCACCCCCGCCUCGGCCGCCCCCGUUCGAGUACUAUGCGGCGGUCGCCACCAGUGGGGGUGCUAGGUUCGGUCCCCACGCCGAGCAGGAGGCCGAGGCUGAGGAGCCGCCGAGGGACGGGAGCUUCGACGACCCCGUGCCCAAGAUCAGGAAGCAGGUGGGUGGAUGCUCCUCUCCGUCGUUCCUGGUGAUCCCUGAUACGAUAGGUGCAAUUAGAACACUAGAUCAGGAAUAG